AUGUCUAAGCAAUACAUCUUAUUGGGUUCCGCUACUAAUGCGCAUCCCGCGGAUAUUUUCUCUCUGGCAGUAACGAACAAGCAACUGUUAUCUGCAUCAGGAUCGCCCGCCUUGAAAGUCCAUUCCAUCACAGAUCCAGAGUUCCCACUGGUCCAAUCGAUUGAUGGAGCUCACCCGCUGGGCUGUCACCAUGUGGUCACUGAUGGUUCAGGCACUCGAGCAGUCAGUGCAGGUUUUGCCAGUGACUUGAAGGUCUGGUCCUGUGUGGACGGCCAUUGGUCUGCAGAUGAGGCUGCCACAGCCAACCUUGCGAAUGCUAGAGUGUGGGCAAUCGCCUUGUCAUAUGAUGGCUUCUACCUGGCAGGCGUGAGUUCAAAUGGUAAUAUCGGUGUAUGGGAUCUGGCUGGCGGCGAGCAAAUUCGAAACCAUGAGACCAAGAACAGCUUUGGUCUUUGUAUUGAUUUAUCACCGAAUGGUCGAUUGAUUGCUAGCGGUCAUGAAAAUGGUGCUGUUUAUGUCUUCAGCACCGAGUCGGGCCGUAUGCCAUACUCUGUGACAGGCUUGGUCAAACCCGUUCGAGCGGUGUCAUUCUCACCUGGAAGUAGAAUCCUGGCCGCAGCGGGCAACUCCAAAGUGAUUCUCCUGUAUGAUACCGCCUCUGGUGAACAGAUCGGAACCCUGUCUGGUCAUGACGCCUGGGUGGUGUCUCUUUCGUGGAGUUUCACUGGUGAAUAUCUUCUCAGCAGCUCAUACGAUGGAAAAAUCAAGGUCUGGAACAUUGAGACCAAGACCUGUGUUAACACCCAGGCUCAGAACGACCAGGUGGUAUGGAGCGCGAAGUGGUUCGUGAAGAGCGGAAAUGGAAAGUCUGACGCUUUCGCAAUGGGCGGCGCAGACAAGAAUCUCCUUUUCUACCGCGAGGCCUCGGGUUAA